AUGGACUUUCUUUCCUUUGACAACGGUGUUAUUAAAAACCCAUUCUAUUGGAAAGAUGCUGAUGAUGGCGACUGCAACUACAGCACGCAUCGAAAAUGGAGGCGCCAACCGCGUGACACAAUUAAUAGUGCCAGAGCGGUAUAUACUCGCUAUUUGCUUUCCAAAGAGAAGACACCAUUCCAAUUCAAUCCCGAGACUGUGUGUUUCGCCGAUUAUGAUGUCGGCAAGGAACACAAGAUGCUUGUUACCUUCACAAACACGGCGACUGUUCCCAAAACAUUCCGAGUGAUGCCUAUUCCGUCAAGGUAUGCAAAUAUGGUGAGCAUUGAGUACACUGUUCCACCAAAAAUAUCCCCAGGACUUUCGUGGAAUAUCAUCGUCAAGUACCGACCAGGCGAUCUUAGUGAUAUCUCCACCGCCAUAUAUGUGAAAACCGACGAGGGUUACUUUGCAGUGCCACUGACCUCCUCGAAGAAAGCGUUUGUUUUUUCUGUGGAGCCGAAGGGCGUUAAUUUUGGAACCGUGAUUGUGGGCGAAAAACGAGCAAAGACAAUUAGAUUGCAUAAUAGCGGAGCGAUGCCUGGGACUGUGAUCCUUGGUGGAGAUUUCAAAUCUCUUCUCGAACAAAGAAGCGAGCAUCCUAUCGAUGGCCGAAAAAUGAGCCUUUUUCGGAUCUCACCACAGCAGUACAGAAUAGAGAUACCACCCUUCUCCAUGUCGCAGAUAGUUAUCAGCUUUGCCCCGCUGUAUUCGAUGCAGAUUAGUAGCGAGAUUACAUUCAUGGAAAAGGACAAUUCUCAGCUAGCUCAUACUACUUCAAUUACAGGCAGUAGCACAGAUCUUCCAGUGUUUCUUACAACCGGGAAGUUGGAGUUUGGGGCGUGCUUUUACGGCGAGCGGUACUGGGAUGAAGUGAGUAUCGUCAAUAAAAGUAACAUUGCCGCGGUUGCAGAAUUUCAAGUUCCUGUUCCAUUGCUUGGCGCCCUUGCUGUUUUCCCAUCUCGCGUGUGCGUGCAGUCUGGUGAAGAAUACAGCGUGCGGGUUGUUUUCACGCCAUCGAAAGACUUACCGAAAGAUUUCUUUUCGAUGAUCAAGUGCAUUGUACAAGAUCAAACACUACCUCUCAUUUUGAACAUAGACGGCGUGCUGUCUCACCGAGCGCCUCGGUUGCCGCUGACUGCCUUUGAUAUUGGCACGAUUCCGCUGCAAACGAUGCAGUCAGUACAGGUGCCUGUCACAAACGAAUCGAGUGUGAAGCAGCUCGUUGGAUUCGAAAAUCUUCCUCAUUGGGUCGCGGCAACUCCUGACGUUUUGGAACUUGUACCUUUUGAGACGGCAAGCUUCACCCUUAAGAUGGAGGCUCCGCAGGAGGGCCGUUUUUCACAGACCAUAAAGCUCACAAACGAGUUUGGCGAUACGCAAUGCAUUGCUCUCAGUGGUCAGGGAACACGUCCUGCGGCUGCACUGUCAGCGCGGACACUGCUGCUCCCCCCCUGCAACAUUGGCCACAGUGUUUCUGCUACAACGGUUCUUUCCAAUACAAACGGGAAACUGAUUCAAUUUAGCUUUCUUGUUCCUUGUUCUUUUUUCAAAGUCUCACCUAAUGCGGGGAUUUUGCAACCGGGAGAAAGUGUUGUUGUGGCUAUCUUUUUCCAUGCGCCGAUGGAGUUUGAGUAUAUGGAUCCCCUGCAAUUGGCCGCACCAGCGCAGCGGUCAUCAAGGCCGAAGAAGGACCCCCUCAACGGAAUUAUUUCUGAGGCCUCUGCACCGCAGAAGCACGCUAUGUAUAAUGACUGGGAGCAGGGCAGCGAAAAAGAGAUAUGGAGCAAGCACAGGCAGUUUCGAAUCCAGUGCUGCUUGAACGGCUCAGACGAUGAAUGCUGCUUCAUUGUAGUGCGGUGCUGUGCGGUGAUGUCACCUGUAAGGAUCGAGGAGGUAGGAAACGCACCGGGCACGCUGCCUGGAAAGCAACAGAAGCCUACUGACAGUGAUGUUCGACAGAGUUUUGCAAAGGCUUCCGUUGUCGCUGACAAAGAUGAAAAUGGCGCUGUGUCGCAAAGUUACAAGGGAGAGGUGUUCAUGUAUUUUGGGAAAGUUCCCAUUCAUCACACCUCCAUUCGUAUGUUCAAGGUACGUAAUACUGGCAGUGAGCCUUGCAUGAUUCGCGCUCCGCCGCUGAACCCGUUUUCCUCAUUUUUGGUUGUGAGUGUGACAUUCGACGAGGUUCCGCCGAACACCGAAGCAGAGAUACCUCUUUCCUUUCACCCACAUACGUACGGGAAUUUCAAUGAAACGAUAAAGGUGGAGUUGGUUAUGCUCGAUGGCACAGUUGUUUUUGCUGCUGUGAACGUGCAGGGUACAUGCACUCCGACACAGUUGACUAUCACUCCAGCAGAAAGCGUUUCGCAACAGGACGCUGCUUCUGCUGUUUCUGUGCGAUAUAUUGCGUUUGAUUGCACACAGAAAGGCGAAUCCACGCGGACGAGCCUGAGCUUUCACAACGUGGGCUCGUUCCCUCUUGAUAUCUUAAUACGCAGCCACACGGAGGAAGAUGAAAGGGUACACGCGGGGAGUAACGCUGUGCAUUUUGAUCCAAGAGACACACGGCCCUUUCUGGUACACCCGUGGGCGUUUACUAUACAGCCGAACACAAGGCAAAUUGUGGAUAUUGUGUUCGCACCGUUGGACGCUGGGGUGUACUCGAAACGACUGAGCAUUGCUGCCAGCGGCGAAAAUCGUGAACUCGUUCUCGAGGGACGAAGCGUGAGUAGCAGCUUCUACUGCUGUGUACCGAUUUCCGACGUGAGGACAGGUAAACCGACAGCAAUCUCCUUCGAAGGCGGGAUCGGUUGCCGGCCUGACUACCCGGUCACGUUGCUUUUUGCGGAGGAGGAAAGCAAAACACUGAUACUUGGUAAUCUUUUCAAAGACCUCAGUGUGGAGUAUGAGGUGCACAACUGGGAGCAGACGCGUCUUCUCGAAAUGCACCCAGGGUGGAGUGUGGCACCGCUUUCACAAAUGAUUGCGAGCGGAAAAGAGGCACGACUGUCUGUGCAGCGCUCAUUUCCAGAGGAUGAGGAGGCUGAAGCUAUGGCGUAUAGCAUCAACUCGCUCUUCCCGUUCCGAUUCACAAUUAUUUUGAGAGGUGCUGGUGCCGGGAUGCUACCUUAUCGCGCCCUUUACGUUGUCUGUGCUGAUUAA